ACUUCUCAACUGAACUCUUCGCUGUAAUUUUGCACGAUCGACGAUCGAGAACCGAAUGACGUUCGGGCGGACGAAUCGAUUUUAGAAUACGAAAUAUGAGCUAGUGGGUAAAUAAAUAACUGCUAAUUUAAACGAUGCAUACACGUGAGAAACGCAGAGAUGGAAAUGUCAAGCAGUGAAAGUACAAACGUGCAAACGGUGCAUCUAUAAAAUGGAACUUUUCUACGUUAUGUACGAAUAUAUACGUGUGUACAGCAGUGUGCUCGCAUAACCUCUCGAACUUAAUUGACAUAAUCAUGAUGUAUUGCGAUAAGAUACAAGCAACGACAACAACUUCAGAAAGCUUGAGGGAUCUGUGAUCUGCGGAAAUGAUUAAGGAACCCCAUUAUAUAAGAAAUUUAUAUAAUACAAUUGAAUAAUUACGCCGUGGUUUUUGUUGAAAUAUGUAACUCUAUAUAACGCUUGUAACAACUUCAACGUUUACAACGCUCAUAAUAACGUUCAAAUACGUAUGUAUAAUAUUGUUAAGUUUCAUAAAACUCUGCAAGAGAGAAAGAGAGAGCAAGUCUCAUUUCAUUUGGGAAACUUGACAGAUCCUGUGAUUCGCAGAGAGGCAAUUACACAAAAGAGCUCUUUUAUAUAUAUAUAUAUAUAUCGUGUAUUACCUCAAAUAUAUCGUCGUCUGCAAUUAGUCAGUGUCUAGUUUCACACAUCUAGUUCGUGGGAUUCAACUGAACUCAAAAUGGGAUCCGAGCAGAGUUCACAGGGUGGCAAUCAGAAUACCAACAGUGGGAGAGCAAGGACAGGUCAGCUGAGACGAGGCAAGAGUGUACCGAAUCGUGAACGGGUGCCCGAAGAUACGCCGCCAAGGUGUACCAGUCCCGGUGCGAGCAUCUGUUCCGAUUCUGACCUACCGUACAUCUCUUACACGGUCAACCGACCAAUCGGGGACUCUCCAAAGAUGACAAACAAGCAGUCGUCACAGCUCUAUCGCAACAAGAGCCUUGGUGCAGCUGAGAUCUCCAGGCGGAAAAACAGUCCGGGCACAAAUCACGGUCAUAGGCAGAAGAGUUUGUCACAGCUGGACAAGACGCAGCACAGCAUUGUGGUGGUGAAGGCUGCUCAGGCGGAUCCAACGGCCGAUAAAGACCCGGAUCUGGUACGAUUGCAGAGCAUACCGAUGUUCCUACCAAUCAUGAGAGGCACGCUGAACUUACCGCCGGGUGUACGCGACCCGGAGGUACUCGAACGCCUCGACCCCGUCGGCCUGUUCAAUCUUUGCGCACGUUAUCAGCAUCAUUUGAAUACCAACGCGCAGACUGUGGCUGCCGAGCAGGCUGCUCUGUGCGCCAGUAUGGAGACUGACCUCGCCAGGAUGUUGAAUCUGGCAGUAGAGCGGCAAAAGAGGUUCGCCAGGUUCGCCGAGCAGCUCCACAAGGUGCACGAACUCAGCCGUCAGCUCACCAGGUGCCACUCGCAACUCAAUCAGACUCUCGAGAGCCUCGAGACGCUCAACAAUCUGCUGCCAGUAGAGGAGAGAUUGGAACCUUUCGUCUGGACCACGGGUUAGGGAAGAGAGAGAGAGAGAGAGAGAGAGAGAGAGAGAGAGAGAGAGAGAGAGAAGAAGAAGGGUCGGAAUGCGAGGAACUCCCAUAAGUGAAUGGAAUUUUCCCUUCGUGUUGUGUGUAAGAUUGUUUCUUUUUUUAUGAAAAGAUAUAAUUUGUUUUUUAUUGCGUUGUAUAUCCUUUUGUAAAUCCUUUUACGAUUAUAAACUUUUUAGUUCGCGCCCUCUGUGAUCGAGGAUUAAACAAGUUUUGUUGUAUUUCAUUAUUUUCUAAAUUUGCAUUAUGAGACCGUUUUCUUCAUUGUGGAGUUUAUGACCAAAGAUUAAAAGUCAAUGAUCAGUUUAUA